UAGUUACUAGUUAGUGAUAACCUGCCUGAUUCCGUGUCACGCGAAUUACUAUUUAAAAGUAAGCCGUGACAAAAAUAUAAUAUAAUAUAUAUAACUAUCACUAUAAUAGUAUAAUUAUUAAUUUAUACUGACAAAACAUCAUUUGUACACUCGUAGAGUUAAAAACCAUUAAUAAUUUGACACUUAGAAUGAUAAUUGACCGUUUAACACUCCAAUGGUUUCAGAGACAUAUUGUUAGAUUAAAUUGCAUAUAAUAAUUAAUACCUAAUAUCGUUAUUUAUCACUGUUUUCAUAAUUUUUAACAUAAAUAAUUACAGCUUUAUGUCUCUUUGAAUUCUAAUUUUUUUUGUUCUUAACUUGUCGUGUAGAGUUUUAUAAAAUGAGUUAUCCAAAUAAAGUUAUUCAUAGUGGAUAUUUUAACGACACUCUUAGGCAAUGGCAGUGUCAAAAUACUCAAAUUACUCCUAUAAAUUUAAUGUAUCCUAUUUUCAUUUUAGAUGAAAAGGACGUAAGAGAAGAAAUAAAAUCUAUGCCAGGAAUCUAUCGACAAGGGUUAAACCAUGUCAAAGCCAUGUUGGAUCCAGUUGUUGAGGCAGGGCUUAAAUCCAUCUUAAUUUUUGGUGUGAUCAAUAAGUUAUCAAAAGACCAAUACGGAACACAUGCCGAUUCUCUUGAAAAUCCAGUUAUUCAAGCUUUACCAUUGUUAAAGAAAUGGUACCCAAAUCUUGUGAUAGCUUGUGAUGUAUGUUUAUGUCCAUACUCGUCUGAUGGACAUUGUGGGAUCGUUGAAAACCAGCAAAUAGACAAUAUAAAAAGCAUAAACAGGAUAGGAGAAAUAGCAUUAUCAUAUGCUCUUGCUGGUGCAGAUAUUGUCGCUCCAUCUUGUAUGAUGGAUGGACAUGUAACAGCUAUUAAACAAAGUUUAAUGAAAGAGAAUUUGUUGAGUCGAGUUAGUGUUUUAUCAUAUUCUGCAAAAUUUUGUUCUGUAUUUUAUGGACCAUUCAGAGAUGCUGCAAAUUGUGCACCAAGUUUUAGUAAUCGCUCAUCAUAUCAAAUUCCUGUAGGAAGUUCAAGUAUUGCAGAAAGAGUGGUGGAUAGAGAUAUCUCUGAAUCUUGUGAUAUGACUAUGGUAAAACCUGGUAUGAUGUACUUAGACAUAGUAAGAAAAGUUAAGGAUAAACAUCCAAAUAUACCAAUAUUUAUUUAUCAGGUGUCUGGAGAAUAUGCAAUGUUAUAUUAUGCUGUACAAGCAGGUGUAGUACAAUUAAAAGAGGGUUUACUUGAAAUUUUAAGAAGUAUGCGACGAGCCGGUGGUGAUGUAAUCGUGACUUACUAUACUCCAGAAAUUUUAAAAUGGUUAAAAGAUGUACCAAUAUUAUAAAUAAUAUUAUGUAUUUUACUAUGGACCCUGCUAUAUUUGCUCUAGUAUUAUAGUUUAUUAUUAUUAUUUUUUUUGUUUAAUUAGGAGUUUGGUUGUCUAUUUUUUUUUUUAUCUGGUUUUGGGUUGUCUAUCCCUUUUUGAUUUCCUGCACAGAGUAAGAGAUGACACUCAUUCAAACUAUUAACAAUAUGCAUUAGAACCACUACCCACAAUUUAAGAUAUUAUACUGUUAUAUCGGAUACUGAUCGCCCUACAAUUAAAAGCUUUCAAAUUUA